AUGCCCUGCAGCCCACGGGCAAGCCCCUUCUGCGCGGGGCAGCUGCAGCGGAUCUGCAGGGGCUCCAGCAAGGGCUUCUGGCACAUGAAGUGCCACCAGCCAGUGGUGGAGGCCUGGGGGUGGAGGCCUGGGAUUUCAGCUCCAGUGGUCUACUUUGUGGAUUAUGCCACCAACUCCAUAUAUCUUGAAGAUAUUGUAGACUCCAUUACUGUUCAAGAUCACAUUAAUUCUCUGCAACAGAGUGGCAACGAUAGCAGUAGCCUCCUUGCCUUAGCAGGGAAGAUGGGUGAGCUGUUAGCAAGAAUGCACGAUGAAGAUCUUAUACAUGGGGAUCUUACAACAUCCAAUAUACUUCUGCGACCACCCACGGAGAAGCUGGACUUGGUGCUGAUAGACUUUGGACUCAGUUUUAUUUCAGGUCUUCCGGAGGAUAAAGGAGUUGAUUUGUAUGUUCUGGAAAAAGUCUUCCUUAGUACUCAUCCCGAUACUGAAAAUGCAUUUAAAACUCUGCUAAAGACCUAUGCAGCCACAUCUAAAAAAUCUGGUCCUGUGCUCAAAAAGCUGGAUGAAGUACGACGGAGGGGAAGGAAGAGAUCCAUGAUUGGGUAGAGGAGAGUGGGCUUCGGGAUGGAGAAAUAUUGCUACGUAGGUUCUGCAAAUAUGGUUGUUUAUACUCGCAGUUGGUUUUA